AUGAUUCAAUUCGCGUGUGAAUGUUACGGCAACUACGCCGGGUACAUGUGCCAGGAAUGCCGGGAAGGUUUCAGGGGGGACAACUGCACCGUAAAAUUUACGAAACUGCGACGUAAUCUAAACACACUGAGUCUGAUGGAAAAGCAGUACAUCGUGCGUGUGAUGAACGCCGCAAGAUACGUACAGAGUGAUUAUGUGAUUCAAAACAUGACGUACAGCUCAGACCCGUCGCGUGACCCUCAGUUUGUGAACGCGUCUGUGUUCGAUUACUUGGCUUUCUUGCAUUACUACGCCUCGCGGAUGACAAACCUUGGUGGCAACGGCAAAUGCGAGAACGCCACCUACCGGAUGGAUUGUGCACACAGGGGUUCUAAUUUCCCGCUCUGGCAUCGCUACUACAUGAUACUAUGGGAGAGAGAAAUGGGGAAAAUCGCCGGAAACUCCACUUUCAGUUUCCCUUACUGGGAUUGGGUAGACGGUGGUACCACGUGUGAACUCUGUACUGAUGAAUUUCUCGGUGCCACCAAUGUGUCCGACGCGGACAAGCGGAUUCGUACCACAAACGUCAUCUCCACGUGGUACGUGCUGUGCUACAUUCUCAACGAGUGCGAGACAUGUGACCCCGGCAUCAGCUUUGCACUCGUCCGAUAUCCUGGCAACAACACUGACGAGGCAGCGCGCUUGCCCACCGCCCAGGAAGUGGACAGUUUCAUGGCGCUGGAUACAUACGAUUACCCAGACUUCGUGGUGAGCUCACGUCCGACAAGCUUCAGGGCGAGGAUUGAGGGCUACUCAACAAUUCAUGGACCAACAGCCAAGCUCAAGAUGCACAACCUGGUACAAGAUUCUUCUAACGCCUUUUAA